UGCAGUGACACUUGACUGACUGGCAGCUUUCCACUUCCAGCCGGCUCCUAGGGCCAGCCCUCCCAAGCCUACAAUAUAUUUUCAUCGAACCACUCCAAGCGAGAACCGGAGUGUGGAGGUAGACGAGCAGACGAGCGGUUUGCCCGGGCGCAGAGCAUGAAGGCCGGGCGGGCGCGGGGAGCGGGCGCCCGCCGCCCGGCGCGGGGGUGAGCGAGAGAGAGAGAGCGGAGCGCGUGUGGCCGGCGCCGCUCGGCCGGGAGCUCCCGCGCCCGCGCCCCGCGCCCCGCGCCCGCCGCCGCCGCCGCCGCCGCCCCUGGUGCGAUGGCGCAGAAACCCCGUUGACAAGGCACUGCUUUUUCAUGACGUUGUCAUGGAUGAUGAUGAUGACUCGUGUCUCCUUGAUCUUAUUGGAGACCCACAAGCACUGAACUAUUUUCUACAUGGACCUAGUAAUAAAUCUAGCAAUGAUGACUUGACUAAUGCAGGAUAUUCUGCAGCCAAUUCAAAUUCAAUUUUCGCCAACUCUAGUAAUGCUGAUCCUAAGUCAUCCCUCAAAGCUGUGAGCAACCAGCUUGGAGAAGGGCCCAGUGAUGGACUGCCACUUUCAAGUAGCCUUCAGUUUCUUGAAGAUGAACUUGAGUCUUCUCCUCUUCCUGAUCUCAGUGAGGACCAACCUUUCGACAUUCUUCAGAAAUCCUUGCAGGAGGCCAAUAUCACUGAACAGACUUUGGCAGAAGAGGCAUAUUUGGAUGCCAAUAUAGGUUCAAGCCAACAGUUUGCACAAGCUCAGCUUCAUCCUUCUUCAUCAGCAUCCUUUACUCAGGCUUCUAAUGUUUCUAAUUACUCAGGUCAGACGCUGCAGCCUAUAGGGGUGACUCACGUGCCUGUUGGAGCAUCUUUUGCAAGCAAUACAGUGGGUGUGCAACAUGGUUUUAUGCAACACGUGGGGAUCAGUGUUCCCAGCCAGCAUUUAUCUAAUAGCAGUCAGCUUAGUGGUUCUGGUCAAAUACAGUUAAUUGGGUCAUUUGGUAAUCAACCUUCCAUGAUGACUAUUAAUAACCUAGAUGGAUCUCAAAUCAUACUGAAGGGCAGCGGGCAGCAAGCCCCAUCAAAUGUGAGUGGAGGGCUUCUGGUUCAUAGGCAGACUCCUAAUGGCAACUCCUUGUUUGGGAACUCAAGUUCCAGUCCCGUAGCACAGCCUGUUACCGUUCCGUUUAACAGCACAAAUUUUCAAACAUCUUUACCCGUGCAUAACAUCAUUAUACAAAGGGGUCUUGCACCAAAUUCAAAUAAAGUUCCGAUUAACAUCCAGCCAAAGCCUAUCCAGAUGGGUCAGCAAAAUACGUACAAUGUGAACAAUUUGGGAAUGCAGCAGCAUCAUGUGCAACAAGGCAUCUCUUUUGCCUCUGCAAGCUCACCCCAGGGCUCAGUAGUUGGUCCACACAUGUCUGUGAACAUCGUAAACCAACAGAAUGCAAGAAAACCAGUCACCUCACAGGCAGUGAGCAGCGCUGCAGGUAGUAUCGUCAUUCAUUCUCCCAUGGGCCAGCCUCACACACCCCAAAGUCAGUUCCUUGUACCUACAAGCCUUUCCGUGAGUUCCAACUCGGUACACCAUGUCCAGACCAUAAACGGGCAAAUUCUUCAAACUCAACCUUCUCAGCUCAUUUCUGGCCAAGUGGCCUCAGAACAUGUCAUGUUGAACAGAAACUCUUCCAACAUGCUCAGGACCAACCAACCCUAUUCUGGACAGAUGCUCAACAACCAGAAUACCGCCGUCCAGUUAGUGUCUGGGCAGACGUUUGCUGCCUCUGGAAGUCCAGUGAUAGUCAAUCAUGCUUCUCCUCAGAUUGUUGGCGGACAGAUGCCCCUGCAGCAGGCAUCACCAACAGUAUUACACCUGUCGCCUGGGCAGAGCAGCGUCUCCCAAGGAAGACCAGGCUUCACCACCAUGCCCUCAGUGGCAAGCAUGUCAGGCCCUAGUCGGUUCCCCGUUAGCUCAUCCAGCACUGCCCAUCCUAGUCUUGGGUCUGUGGUUCAGUCGGGUGCGUCCGGAUCAAACUUUACAGAUCAGCUGACCCAGCCAAACAGGACUCCAGUGCCGGUCAGCGUGUCUCAUCGUCUUCCAGUUUCUUCUUCCAAAUCUACCAGCACCUUCAGUAAUACACCUGGAGCAGGAGCCCAGCAACAGUUCUUCUGUCAGACUCAGAAAAAAUGUUUGAAUCAGACAUCGCCCAUUUCUGCUUCCAAGACCCCCGAUGGCCUGAGGCCAGCGCAGGUUCCUGGCCUCUUGAGCACUGCACUGCCAGGGCAGGAUUCUGGAAGUAAAGUUAUACCAGCGUCCUUAGGAACCACACAACCACAGCAGGAAAAAGUUGGAUCAUCUCCUGGCCAGCCCACUGUGCAGGUGGAUGGUCAUUCAGGAGGACAGAAGAGGCCUGCUGCAAAACAACUAACUAAGGGAGCUUUCGUCCUCCAGCAGCUGCAGAGGGACCAAGCCCAUGCUGUGACGCCUGAUAAAAGUCAGUUCCAGUCACUAAGUGACGCGGUGCAGAGGCUGCUCUCCUACCACGUGUGCCAGGGCUCCAUGCCCACUGAGGAGGACUUGACGAAAGUUGACAAUGAAUUUGAAACAGUUGCCACUCAGCUCCUAAAAAGGACCCAAGCUAUGCUUAACAAAUACAGAUGCCUGCUCCUGGAAGACGCCAUGCGGAUUAAUCCCUCCGCUGAGAUGGUGAUGAUCGAUAGAAUGUUCAACCAGGAGGAAAGAGCGUCUCUGUCCCGAGACAAGCGCCUGGCACUUGUGGACCCUGAGGGUUUUCAGGCUGAUUUCUGUUGUUCCUUCAAACCUGAUAAAGCUGCUCAGGAGACACAAUUUGGCAGGAGCGACCAGCAUGGCAGUAAAACAACCAGCUCUCUCCAUCUCACGGCCAAGGCCCAAAGCAGAGACCGAGCCAAAGCAGGCAUGACAGACCCAGUGAAUCAUGACCAGUUUCAUCCAGUGCCUAAUCACAUCGUGGUCUCCGCGGAAGGAAACAUUUCUAAAAAAACCGAAUGCCUCGGCAGAGCACUGAAAUUUGACAAAGUGGGCUUAGUUCAGUACCGGAGUGCGUCUGAAGAGAAAACCAGCCGGAGAGACUCCAUGAAGGGCAGCGAGUGCACUCCCGUCCCUGAAGGGCCCCAGAAAACCUCGUCCAGACCAGAUCAUGGUACUGAGCGCAAACUCUCGAGUGUACUAGCAGAUUCUCGCUUGGAGAUGACGUGUAACAAUUCCUUCCAGGACAAAACUCUGAGGAAUUCUCCAAAGAAUGAAGUUUUACACACAGACAUCAUGAAAGGGUCGGGCGAGCCCCAGCCAGAUCUCCAGCUCACUAAGAGUUUGGAAACAACAUUUAAAAAUAUCUUGGAACUCAAAAAGGCUGGGCGGCAGACCCAGAGCGGCCCCGCCAUUAGUGGCUCUGUUGAGUUGGAUUUCCCCAGCUUUUCUCCAAUGGCUUCGCAGGAAAACUGCCUGGAAAAGUUCAUCCCGGACCACAGUGAAGGCGUUGUAGAAACUGACUCCAUUUUAGAAGCAGCUGUAAAUAGUAUUCUAGAGUGUUAAUAGCAGCAGUCGUUCCCUGCCCCUCUGCCCAGACCCCGCCCCGGACGAGUUACAGUCUUUCCUGGCAAAAGCAAAUGGAACCGGUCUCCUCUCUCCAGAACUGCUUGAUUUUCAUCACAGGUUAUCCUUUCUAAUCUCAAUCCUGUUCUUUGUUUAAGAGCAAUACUCAUCGUGGUUACAGGGAGAUCCUUUAGUGAAAUUAAUCCUUGUUAGAAAGCAGUCUGAUAGGCCCUACACAUUUCAAGUGUUCUGAAAGCGCUUUUAGUCUUUUUUUGUUUGUUUACCUGUUUUAUUUUUCUAAAAAUACUGUAACUCAAUGAGAUCACAGUACACUUGGCCCUGGGUAAAAUUCUGACAAUCAUAAGUCAUUUGAAAAGAAUAGACUUAUUAAAGAAAAUCAAAUAAGACUGAUAGAAGCUACUUUUUAAAGAAUUUCCCACUGAUCUUAAAAGUUUGACUUUUGGGGGUUUUUUCUUGUUGGAGGGGGAACCACGAGGUUCUCCCCUUCAGCCAUCUCUGAGCAGUAGGUUGCUGGUGGCUCUGCCAGGGACCCCUCAGUGCAGGGGGUAGCACACAAGCAGGGCAUUUGCUGGGCUUCCUUGUUCAUUGUUCAAGUGCUUUCCCGAUGCUCCUGCAGCAAAACCUCAUGCUUUUUCAGCAUAUCCGUGUUGGAUUUCAUCUAGGCAAUGCUCUGUUCUUAAUAACAUGACUUGAGAUCAUUUCAGCAGGCUAAAUAAAGGAAAAUGGAAACCAGUUAAUGGCACAGUGUACAGGGGAGGCCGGGAUAGAGCCAUGAGGAAUAUAAUAUGUAUAUAUGUAAAAGCAUAUAUAUGUUAACUAUUGAGAAAAAACAAGCAUUUUGCAUUUUAUGAUUGGAUAUAGUCAACAUAUGAUGUACAUUUCUGUUUGUCUCUGGGAUUUGUUUCAUUUAACCUCUCUUUGCACCCUCUCCCACCACAGAUAGCCAAGUGUCAAAGCACUUUCAUUUGAAAACGAUGUUGUAAUUUUUUCAGUUGAAACCUUAAGGGGACUUUGGCCUUGUUUAUGCUUCUUGUCGUCUGAGAACAGUAGUCGCCCCUAGGAGCAAUCAUUACCAAAACACAGACAAACCAAAGGUGCCCGGCCAGCCCACCACGGAAAGGGGAGAUCUGAGGUGUGGGAUCCCCACUUGAGAGCCAAAGGACAUGCCCUGUCAUGGUUUGUGUUCGGCCUAUGUUCAUAUUAGUGAACAUGACUUACUGCUUUAUUUAUUUAUAUUUCUUUUCAGGGAGCUUUCCCCGGUUUCCUUUCUUCUGUACCUGCCCCAGGUCAUCCCAUUUCUGUUGUUACUUUUAUUCUCAAUGUCAUUGUAACCAUCAGUUAUGUACUGUCCUUGGGAAAGCUACAUAGUGGUAUUUGACAUGUACUGUCACACAUGUUUAUGUGAAUGUGCCUGAGCUGUUCAGAUCCGGAGGUCAUUGUGGUUAUAGCGUGUACACACGCCCCCUUAUGUGUAUGCCCUCUCUCAUUUAUUCUGUUUAUCUCUCUGGCUUCAGAGGUGCACCCACUGGUCUCCACUCUGACACGCUGCCAGGAUCUGCUUCUAGCUGUCCCCAGAAUGGGGAUGACUCCCAUUGGUCAUCAUGUUGGACAUUUAUUUUCCAGAUUGCCCUGUGAUGGAAAGAAAGGCCUCUGAUUACUAGAAAACACAGCAACAGAAGACCUAUACUCUCCGUGCCCCUUUGUCCCUCCAUAUGAAGACACCCUGUGAGACAGCCAGUCUUCAUAAAAGCAGAGAACCUUCUCCCUACUCCCACCCCCUGGCCAGUAGAAAUUGGAAAAUCUGGGCCAUCUUAGGGUUACCAUUUUUUCCUUAUUCGUGCCAAUGUCCACGUUGCAGAUCUCCCCUUUUUCCUUUAUUGUAAUGUAUUAGAAAGAUAAGUUGGUGUUGCUAGUUGGAACAUUCUGUUUGGGCAGCCCUCGGGUAACACCCAGCCCUGAACCCCCGAUUUCAUAGGCUUUUCUUCCCUUAGGGCUCAUACUCCCCUAAUUCCUAGCAAGACUUAAAGAUGGUCCCUCCUAAUCAAAUUCUUCUCAUUGUGGAACUUUAUACCUGGAAGCCUUCAUGAAGGCUGCUAAUGAGUUGCAUUAAUUACUGAAAAUCAGUGGAAUUCUUAAGAGACAAGAUAAGUUUCGUGUACAUUUGUCGCACCUCUUCCCUCGCUUGUCCCAUCGCCCCCAACCCUAGCUUUUCUAUGUACCACCUUAAAGGGUUUUUAAGCCCUAACACUUGUCUAGCAAAUGGAGAGCCUAAUUUACCAAAAUGAAACUUGUAAAUUUCUAUGUCCUUGUAUGUAAGUUUACUUUUUAUGGAGGAAAGACUCUAGAUAAUGACAAAUGAAGAUUACGAAAUACAUUUUACUCCUGUGAUUAGGUUAUGUGCACAUAGGUCAUAACCUGCAUGUCGAGCCCCCUCCGGCGAAGGGUAAGAGAGCUCAGCCUCGGACGGCCAACUUUCAGUUGUUCAGGUUCAUAGUCAAAGUUAAGUUUUAGAACUACUUGUACUCAGUGACAAAAAUCAUUUUCUUUUUUUUUUUUUUUCUGUUGUUGUUGUGGAAAAGUGUGAAUUUGUUAUUAAGCAUUUGAUUUUCUGUGUCCUUAAGUACUGCCUAAAGAUAAAGCAAAUUUUAAACUGGCAAUUACGAAAAAAGAACUAUUUUAGCUCUGAAGAAUUUAGUAGACUUUGUUAGAUUAGGGAGGCCUUACAGACUGACUUGACUUAAAAGAGGACGCGUCACUCACUGUCAGUGUGGUGUGGGCUUUAUUUGCUUAAAUACCUUCAUUUGUAUAGUAUGUCUCACUUGAAAUUGCUUUGUAUACAUUUUGUAAAAAUAUUUAUAAAAUGUUUUGUAAAAAAAAAAGUAUAACAAA